GUAGCUGCUACGUCAAUCAUGUUUUGCUGAAAAUGUUUAUAAGUGGUGAGUUUCAGGAUCCUAAUUCAGUUUUCGUAUUCAUCUCCAGAAUCAGAACCAAAAUGAAGGUAUUCACCACAGUCUGUCUGUUCGUCCUGGUGAGCGUGGUGGCAGCGGCCCCAGCAGAGACCUACCCCGACAAAUAUAGCGCUGAAGAUGUCCAGGAGAUCCUCAAUAAUCGCAGGCUGCUGCUUCCAUACAUUAAGUGUGCUCUGGACCAGGGCAAGUGCUCGGCCGAUGCCAAAGAGAUGAAAGAACGCCUAAGGGAGGCUCUGGAGACUGAGUGCAGUAAAUGCUCCCCAAAACAGAAGGAAAUUGGCGGCAUCGUCUUCAAACACAUCAUCAACAAUGAGAAGGACUACUGGAACCAGCUCGUUGACAAGUACGACCCUGAAAAGAGAUACGCACCUAUAUACGAGGAGAAGUACCUUGUUCAGUAAAAGUCUAAACUACGAGCGGAGUAAGGAAAAGUAGGGUACCUAUCAUUGAUUUUUUUUUCACCUGGUAAAAGCCACUUUGUCGUAAGACUUAUAUGAUUUCUUUUUGAUUUUGUUUUUGUUUUUGGCCUUGACUGGGACAGUUCUUUUGCAUGGAAUACAAGGUCUUUAUGGAAAAUGAAAAAAUUGUAUUAACCAAAAAAGCGAUAUCUGACGAGCUGAAAACUUUUUUCUCUUAAUGAUUCUAGUCUAGACCUAGUUUAAGAU